UUAGAUUUCUUCUCGCUGGCUUGACUGCAAAACUUUUCUAUUUUAGCUUAAAUCUAUUCGGUUUAUUUCCUAGUCAAAUUGCGUUCCCUGGCUGUUUAAAAUUUUGUUUUGAUAACCAGGGAGCAUUUGUUUUUGUCACUCAAAGCAAUGAUGGUGCUUCAAUUAGUUUAAAUCGUCUCUUGUAUCAUGGAGAGUGCACUGGAUAAAUAAAUUGCCUAUUAUUACUUCUGAAACUAACUUAAAGCAAAGUAAUUGGUUGAUUCAAGAGUCCGUAAAUGACUAGUAAUUUACCAUCUUGAAAGAUCUUUAAUUAUUUGAAAACGCUUGAUAAAGUUUAUUGCCAUUUGUAGUUAGUAUCAAUAUAACAUUUUAUUAAAACCUUUCUUGGUCAAUUCUUUCAUGAAGAGCCUAGACUUUUGUGACUCAUGCAUUCAUCAGUAGUUGGGUCUCAUACGAAAACGCCAGUUUUCUGGGAUUCCAGAUACGCUAGCCGCUUUAUAAAUUUCUGCGAUUCAUUGCCGGCUCCUCCUGCUGAAGAGAAUACUAGAGGAGUCAGAGUACCGCAUUCUAUCUCUAUCACCUUUUCAUUGUAGUUUCUGCGCUUUUCCGCUCAAUGUUGAGCGUAUACUACAUAGAGCUUCUUAUUUACCUACGAUAGACAGGAGCUAUGGACUACUCUAACAUCACAUUUUUCGCAAAAGUUUCAGUUUUUCUUAAAAAAACUACUCAACUUAUUUUCUAAAAAGUGGUACCAAUGGAAAGAGCGGCUACUCCCCUGCAUAUUCUGCCAGUCUUUCACCUUACCCACGUUCUAGCGCUUUAAAAUUUCUCUGGGGGAUUUUGAUCCAUUUUUAGAACUUCUUUUUAUUUCAAACGAGUUAGAGGCGCCUGAAAAUGGACUGCAAAGUUCCACGGCGUUUCAGAGGCGUCUGAAGUUCCACAGCGUUCUAGCAACGAGAUUUCAUUCUGUUGUAAAUGUUCAGCAAUGAGUUUAUGAUUUUUUUGUUUCGAAAACUACCCUGUUAUGUCUGAGGUUAUGAAUUCAAAUGAAGUAACAGGUUAUGAGAAGCUCACCUGCACAGAGGUCGCCAAAAUUUUUCUACAAAAAAUGUUAUGGCUUUGGAAAAUGACAAAUAUUGGGGUUUUGAAAGUUUACAGACACUUUUCUCGUCAACUACCCUUGCAAAUAUGGAAUUAAAGGUGUAAUCUCCCUAAAUUCUGUAGAAAAAAAUAUGGCCUUCGAAAAAAUCAAGUUUUGAAUUUUUGACCGUGUUGUUUAUCAGUUUUUCUCGAAAACUACAAUGCCAAUUCUAAUAUUAAGGGUCUGAUAUACUACGCUCUAAUUUUUUCAGAAAAAAAAUAUGGCUUUCAGAAAAAUCAAGUAGUUGAAACUACCCUGCCAGUUCUUAGGUUAAAGGUUUAAUUGAGAAACCCGGUUUUAGGAAUUCUCCCUAUUUAAGCGGAUACACCCUAAUUUUUUUUUUGAAAAACAUGGUUUUCGGAAAACUAAAGUUUUCUAAUUUUUUUUUGUCUUUUUUUGAUAAGUUUUUGAUUUGCUCGAAAAAUACCCGGCCAAUUCUCAGAUUACUACUCAUCGUGAGUUAUUUACUAGUCAUCUUGAGUUAUUUCAGCUCUUAUCUCUCGUAAUCGCCUCUAACUACUGGUAAUUUACACAAAAAGGUUCAGCCAAUUAUUUUCUGAGGUUAAAAUUUUUCGUACAUUUUUGUGUUUGGGAACAUUCUGUACUAAUUUUUAACAGUCUAUUCAUAGCAACAGCCUAUCCUUGUUGGAUUAUAAUGUGUCGUCUUUGAAGAUUAGUUAAUGUGACCGUACUAUGUUUUUCUUCCUCUUUUUUCUCUGCUCUAUUUCUGUCUCCUGGCAGGAUGAAAUAUUGAGCUCGGAAUGGAGUCAAGAGUACAUGAGAAGCUACAAGGAGCAAGUUAAAGCCAUGUUUUAUUACGCGUACGACAAUUACAUACUAAAAGCAUACCCAAGAGAUGAGCUGAAGCCAGUUUCUGGAACGGGUCAUAAUACCUACGGAGGUGUAAGUGUUACUCUCAUAGACGCACUCGACACGCUAGCCGUUCUGGGAAAUGCGAGCGAAUUUAGCCGAAUUGUUAAUGUGAUUGAAAACACGUUGGAUUUCGACAUGGACAUCAACGUUUCUUUGUUCGAGACAAACAUCCGAGUCCUCGGAGGACUUCUCAGUGGACAUCUCAUGUUUAACCAAUUGGGAGUCCGGGCAAAAAAUUGGCCGUGUGAUGGACCUUUGUUGCGUAAAGCCCAAAAACUGGCAGACAAGUUAUUACCUGCGUUCGAUACGCCCACAGGAAUGCCGUACGGUACUGUCAACUUGAAAAACGGUGUAAACCCUAAAGAAACCCCUGUUACUUGUACAGCCUGUGUUGGGACCUACUAUCUGGAGUUUGCGACACUUAGUAGGCUAACUGGCAAUUCGGUUUAUGAGGAGACAGCCUUGAGAGCCUUGAAUUCUCUCUUUUUGUAUAGAUCUGGAGUAGAUCUUGUGGGUAAUCAUGUGAAUGUUACGAGCGGCGCUUGGGUUUAUACUGACUCAACUAUUGGCGGAGGGAUUGACUCAUAUUUCGAGUAUCUGCUCAAAGGUUCAGUUUUAACAGGAAAUAAAGAGAUGUUUAAUCAGUUUGAAGUUUUACUCGCAAGUAUUAAAAGUAACAUGAACAAAGAUGACUGGCAUUUUUGGGUGUCUUUGAAUUCAGGAAAACCAGUUAUGCCUUAUUUCAAUUCACUAGAAGCAUUCUGGCCUGGUUUAAUGACUCUUUAUGGCGAUAUUGAUUAUGCCAAGCGCUCGUUUGCCAACUAUUAUUCCCUUUGGAACUAUUACGGCUUUGUGCCCGAGUUUAUGAAUAUCCAAAAACAAGAAGUGCUGAAAGGAAAAGAGUCAUACCCACUACGUCCUGAGCUGAUCGAAAGUGCGUACUAUUUGUUCCAAGCUACUAAGGAUCCCUUUUACCUCAGUGUUGGACGUCAGUUUUUUGAGUCAAUUGAAUCUUCUGCUAAAGUUGAUUUCGGCUAUGCGCACUUGGAUCGAGUAACUGAUCACGCGCUUGAAGAUCAAAUGGAGUCAUUUUUCCUAGCUGAAACUGUAAAGUAUUUGUACCUUCUUUUUGACACUGAUAAUUUCGUAAACUCGGAAGGUAUGAAGCCUCGCGAGGCUUACUUAGACGAUGGAUCGCUCUGUCUUUUCAAUACAGCUGGAUACAUUUUCAAUACAGAAGCGCACUUAAUCGACCCUGCGGCUCUGUACUGUUGUCAUAACAGAAAGUCCGACAAUGACAUUAUUAAGUCGAGAACUAAGAAGUUUGAACAGUCUUUAUUUGAAUUCACAGAAGAGGAAACAUUUAAAACGUAUUCGAAAAGGAGAAAAAAUCCGAAAUUGUUUGAUGUUACUAAAGAAGAUAUCAGAGAUAAAGUGCCUUUUAUGACUUGUCGCCAUACCACUCAGAAUUUCUCAAGAUUGCAAUGUCCUGACGAUCUUAAGACAUAUUUAACCGAAUCAGCUUUACAAUACGAUCCGCUUGUUAGUUACGGUAUAGAUACUACAAGACAGUUCUGUUAUGACCUUUGCGGGUUCAGCAAGUCAGCGAUGUAUGGGCAAGUUAUCAGUGAUUCGGUGUGCUAAGUACGAAUUCUACAAAUGAGAUAGUUGUUCCUAUUUAGAGCGAUAAGCAUUGAAGGGUCGUUGUAAUAGUCUGGCAAUGAGCAUUGACUUGCUUUAUGAUGGACUUUAAUAUACGCAGAGAGAUCAGUGAAGCGAAAACUCAAAAGGGAGUCGGCCAUAAUGAAAUAAAUAUACUGGUUUGCUUCUCUAACAAAUAAUUGCAUAAACUUCAGCUUAACUUUUGAAUAUUUGAUGGUGUGCUGGAAACAUUGAAAUUGUAGUAGAUAUUAGUAAUUGUAAGUGUUUCCUUCAUCAAAUUUAAUUUAGUUGAAGUGUU